AUGUCUAGUUCAAUUAAUUAUUCUUUUACAGGUGAAAAAUGUCUUCCAGCUGAAACCUCUACAGGUACACGCUCUCAAAUAGAACUGUCUUUUUUCAAGUCGAGACUUAAUUCCUGUUCUAAUACAAUUAAUUCUUUCCCUUGUUCAUUAACAGACUCAUCUCAUAUACCUUCAAUUCACCUUCCAAACCCUUCUACUCUUCCAUUAGAAUUUCAUCGUUACAUUCUUGAAGAAAUAUUAUCUGAAGACGGAUUACUUAUUUUAAGUCGCGGAUUGGGUUUACGUAGAAUAAUAUGUGCAUUGAUAAGGAUUUAUUCGGAUAGAGGAUCUUUAGUAAUAUUAUUGAAUGCUAAUGGACAUGAAUUAAGUUGUAUUAAAGAAGAAAUUGCUGAAGGUGGGGUUAAAAAACCAGGACUUAGAGUUGUUAAUAAUGAAUCUAACGCUAAAGAAAGAUCAGAAUUAUACGUUUCUGGUGGCAUAUUGUCUAUAACUUCAAGAAUACUUAUAAUUGACCUUUUACAAAAACGUAUACCAACUUAUCUUAUAACGGGAAUUUUAAUUAUGCAUGCCGAAAGAUUCCAUGUGAUUAUAAGAAAUUGUUUAGAACAACAUGAAGCUGAUGUAAUAGAAUUACAUCAAUCUUUAAGUCCAUCAAUGAAUGAGAUACAAGCGGCUAUUACUGAAUGUAUUGAAGCUUGUUUAAGCGAAAUAAAAAAAGUAAAUGGAAAUUGGUUAGAUGUUGAUGAUUUAACGGUGGAAAAUUCAUUUUUUAGAUCCUUUGAUGUUAUAUUAAGACAACAAUUAGAACCUUUUUGGCAUCGUGUUAGCUCGAAAACGAAAUUAUUGGUUAAUGAUUUAACAACCUUGAGAAAAUUACUCGGGUACUUGGUCGGUUAUGAUUGUGUAUCAUUCAAUAGUUUUUUAGAGACUAUUAUUACAAGUCAAACUCCUACUUCUGCUUUAUCUCAUCAACAACAAUCCCCUUGGUUGUCUCUGGACGCUGGAAAUACAAUAUUUAGUGCAGCAAGAAGACGAGUAUUUAUUCGUACUUUAAAUACAAAUGCUAAUGUCAAUAAUAACACAAAUAACAAUAGCACAUUAGACCAAAUUCAACCAGAUGCUCCAUCGUCAGAAUUUCCACCAGGAAUACAACCUAUAUUAGAAGAACUUCCAAAAUGGAACUUAUUAGCGGAAACAUUACAAGAAAUUGAAUCAGAUAUAAUAGAUCACAAUAAAAUCAUUUCUACAGAAGGAAAAGCUAAUAAUAAUACUGUAUUAAUCAUGGUAGAAAAUGAAAGAGAAUGUUCACAAUUAAGAGAAUAUUUAUCAACAAUGCACAUAGCAGAACAACAAGGAUUAAGUAAAGGUGGCUUUAUGUUGAGAAGGUUACUAAAAAAUUAUUUUAGGUGGAAAAGUGGAUUGAGUAAAGUUAGUAAUAAAAUGUUUAUUGAAAGUAAUAAGGAAUCUGGUGGUGGAAGAAAUAUUAACAGUGGGAAAGGAAAUGAACAACCAAAAAGAGGGAUAUUCCAACGUGGUCAACAGCCAUCUAAUAAAAGAAGACGUGUACGUGGUGGAUCAAGUACUGCUACUUUAUCAACUAAUACUACUAGAAAUACAAAUGUUAAAACACUUGAAGAAGAAGCUCAAGAAAUAGCAAAUUUUAUAAACUCUAACCCAACCAUAUCAGAAACAAGUUCUGCUGCGGCUCCUAUGGCAGUAGCUGGCUCAUUGAAAGACAAUGCUUUGACGACACACCAUAGCUCUUAUUAUGAUGAUGAAUUUGAUGUAUAUCGGACUCUACAUCCUGAUAUACCAUGUUUAGUAUAUUUUAUGAUGUAUGAAAAUUCUAUUGAAGAACAAAAAUAUUUAAGUGUAAUACGUAGAGAAAAAGAAGCGUUUGAAAAAUUAAUUAAAGAAAAAAGUGUAAAUAUUCAACAUUGA